AACCUUUUAAUAUAGAUACGUCCCAAGUUGUACUCACGAUUCACCUACCUUUCCGCAGGAUUCCCAAGUACGACUGUACAAGUUGAGAUGGUCAACAUUAUUUGUAAUACAGGACUAUAAGGCUCAUUCGUAGAAAGGGUGUCGGACGCUGAAACACAAAGGUUCUAUAGAAGGUAUUCCGUAAGAAGAUUGUUUAAGAGAGCCCCAAGUAAAAUCACAAUUAAACCACGAUUAGAGGUAUUUGUGAGUGCGGAGAGCGAGGUCAAAGGUAUGCACUACUAGUGAGUGGUCUGAUCUGAUAGUGAGCCUCUGCCCCGUCAGCCCGCGCCGAUCACUGUUGACGAGUAGGACGCUCGCAGCUAGCGCGCUCUCUCUCGCUCCGCUCGUCCCGGCCGUCGCUUUUUAUUUUGUUUUUUCUCGUCUACAGCAGGUUCUCGGCCGGGCCCCGCGCUCAGUCCGUGCGUUGCACCUAUACUAUGUGCGUAGCCCGAAACUUUGUCUAAUUCUUCCCGAUUUGCGCCGUUUAUCGCGUGUAAGACCGGUCUUGUUCAGUAGCGAGCGUGGUGUCGCGUCUGCGGGAGGUGCCUGCUGCAGCGCCAUGAUGGUUGUGUCCGAUCAGACCUCCACUCCGCAGUUUCCUUGGUUCCAACCGGAGCCCGGCCCGUGCCCCAUGCGUGUAAACGUUGUGGAGGCCCUGCAAGAGUUCUGGCAGAUGAAGCAGACUCGUGGAGCUGACCUCAGGAACGGUGCUCUAGUCAUCUACGAAUCAGUUCCGUCCCAGAGUCCGCCUUAUGUCUGCUACGUCACGUUACCAGGAGGUUCCUGCUUCGGAAGUUUUCAGAACUGUCCAACAAAAGCGGAAGCGAGGAGAAGUGCUGCGAAGAUCGCCCUGAUGAAUUCCGUUUUCAACGAGCAUCCUUCGAGAAGGAUAUCGGAUGACUUCAUUGAGAAGGCAGUUGCCGAAGCCAGAGCGUCUUUUAAGGGUGACCCUGAAGAAGCCGACAACCCGAACACAGGGAUUGGGGCAUUCCGCUUUAUGCUGGAGACCAAUAAGGGCAGGACCAUGCUGGAGUUCCAGGAGUUGAUGACCGUGUUUCAGCUGCUUCACUGGAACGGCAGCUUGAAAGCGAUGCGAGAGAGACAAUGCUCCCGUCAGGAGGUGGUAGCACAUUAUAGUAACCGCGCACUGGACGAUGACAUGCGCUCGCAGAUGGCACUGGACUGGAUUGCACGAGAGCAGGAGUGUCUGGGCGCGCUGGGCCGAGAGCUACACCAGGCGGAGCGAGAGCUAGAGACUGCCAGGCUGGCCGGACGCGAGUUGCGCUUCCCCAAGGAGAAGAAGGACAUCCUCAUGUUGGCCCACACACAGGUCAGCGGAGGUUCCCUCUCCAGCUAAAAGACUGCCAAAGUUUGUCCUGUACAGCAUUGUAUGACUUUUCGAUACCCGGUAUAUUGAAUUCUGUUUGUCAUGGAAUUUCAUCCUGAGAUUGUUAUAAAAGAGUGUUUAUUUUAUUUCGUAGAAUUAUUCCUGAAAGGAAUUUUCAGCAUUUACCCUAAAAUUUUAGGAAUCAAGUUUCUCUCAUUUGUAGGGCAAUUUUUUCUAUCUCCAUUGUAAACAACAUGUUGUUUUAUUACUGGAAUAGGAGAAUCAUAAUAAAGGAUUUAUUUUAUGUACUGUGAAAUGUAAUUAAUCAGUACAAAUUGGCAAUUGUGGAAAUUCUAUUCUGCUGAAAUGAAAAUUAUGGUGCCCUCAAUAUAAAUAUAAAAGGGUUUUUUAUUGUAAACUAAUACAAUUGGAAUGAAUACAACUCAAGUAAAUUAUACAAUUUAAAAUUUAUAACUUAAAUGAGUAAAAAAAUAUGUAAGCAUGAGCUCCAAAAUUCAGUAUUAUCAUUAAAAAUGUAUUUUUGAGAACGCUGACUAUAACAAUGUUGUCAAACAUUUGAAAGGAGAACUCAAAAUUCAAAUAGCAAUUGCAUAUAUCUUAAAAAUCAUAAAACAAAUAGAAGCAAUGUCUUAAGGUUGUUUGGAAGUAUUGCUACUUAUGGAUUCUUUUUUAGGUAUAAAAAAAAAAUAAAAAUGUAAUAAAGAUAGUUUUUCCUUACAAUAACAAUGUUAAACACUUUUUCGUUGUAGAAUAAUGGGAGAUGUUUCCUUUUAAUAUAUGAUUAGUUAGUAUUUACAUCCAAACAUCAUUGGUUUUCUUAUGAAGCGUGUUACUUUUUAAUUUUUAAACAAUGUAGUAGAUAUGUUUGAGAUUAAAAAAACCCAAUAAUAAAUAUUAAAAAAUUAAACAGAUGCUAAUUAGGGAUGUUUUUAAAAUGGGAUAUCUUCUAUAAAUACAGACUAAAAUUAAGAUGGCGAAAGUGUUUGAAGUGUAACAUUUAAUCAAUAACUGAAAACAAUCACUCUCUUGUUAUACUUUUAUUACAGACAAAAGUACAGAAAUGUAAUGAUAAUAUUUUCUAUUUGCGCCCACGCUAAAUAUUGAGUAAUUAAUGAUACUGAAACCAUAGGUUAAUAAUAAUUCCAUAUUCAGUCAAAGGAUUAUUUUGUUGAUUAAACAGGAAUGAAAUGUUAACAGUGCUUUAGUUUGUCAUGAUUCUUUUAAUUGGGUAUUGAAAGGUCAAACAAAAUAAUUGAUUUUUCUUAUUGUUAAUAACCAAAUGUAACUUAUGUUUAAAAAAUAAAAGCAAUUGUAAGAAAUUUGUGAUGACAACUCAGAAUAAUAACCAUAACUAGCAAAGGGACCAGAACAUUAUUGUUAUAGUUUCGUUAUAAUAGAUUAGCAUAAACUAAUAGCCAUACAUGAUAGCCAUAUUCUUAAGGACGUUAUCGCUGUAUAAUUUCUCUUUCUUUUGGUUAAUAAAAGUUUGUACAUUAAGAUGGACUACAACAUUGAAUAGAAUUAUUUUCCAAUUAGAAAUUAAAAAUCUUUUUAAAUUAAGUGUAAUAUAAUUUGUUGUUGAAAGUAAAGAAAGUGUAAAACAAAUAUUUCACUGUGGCAAGUUUUUUUGUUAAUGUUUUGAUUUUAGUUUAUGAGAAAUAAAUUUAAAUACCAUUGUAUUAAAUAUAAUAUUAUGUUACGUAUGUGUGCUAGUAUUUGUACUACUUGCGUGUAAAAACUUCUUUUGUACUAGUUUUUUUUAUAAAUUCUUGUAAAACAUGUAUUUAAAUUGGAUUUUCUGUUGGAUUUGUUAAUUGUCCAAUUAAAAUUAAAUAUACUUUAUUCAUUUAUUAUUCAACAAAAAAAUCUGCUUGCUUGACAGUUUUCUUAUUGUUUCUUUCAUCAUGUUUAUAAAUAAACAUUUAGAACAAAAAAUAAACCACACUAAAUAGAGAAUUGUUGAUAAGAUGAGUAAGCAGUCUCUAAGGUUUGAUGUGUUACUAGAUUUAGCAAGUACUUACACAAAUUUAUUUGCUUCAAAUCAGAGCAUUUUGUGCUAUAUAGAUCUGGAAUGAAUUGCCAACAAUUAAUAUAUCGAGACAAGUGCAUUUUACAAAAUUGAAUCUUAAAAUGUUAUAAGUACACAAAGCUUUUACAACCAGUGAUUCACCAGAAGAAUUUUACAGUUAAAUAAAGAGAUCUUUUAUUUCACUGUAGUAGUGGUGGUCACUUCUAUGUUUUUGUUUUGCUAUGUAAGAGAUUUCAUGUAAAGAUUUGUUAUAUAGUAGUUGUGAUAAUAUGUUUUAAAUUAAUCUUUCAGAAAAAAGGAUAAAGGAACAAUAUUUUGAUCAAAUUGAAUGCAUAUAUGUUAUGUGUGUGAUUACUUUUUUUAAACUAAAUACUUUUAAAAUCUUUUACACUCAUUUUGUUUUAGUUUGGGAAUGUUUUUCUUUGUUAAAUUAUGAAAUUCCAAGAUAAUUAAAAGUUAUGAAAUAAUAUGAAGGCUUUAAAUAUGUAUGGGUUUUUGUACAAAAAUAUGAAAAAACUAAGCUUUGAAAUUAAAAAACGUGCAAAACACAAAAACGGAACUUUAGAUAGGAACAACUUUUACCGUAUGGUAUAUUAGAAGACUAAAAUAAUUUGUACUGCUACUACAUCCAACAUAAAACAAUUAUGGGAUUUAAAAAUAAUAAAAUGCUUGAAUUAUAAAGUACAACAACAAUAGGAUAGCCACUAUAACAACUUUAUUGAAUCAUUAGUCCACGUCUUCACACACUGCAAAAAUGAUGUCUAUAGACAGGUCAAAAACUAAAAUUUAAAAUUACAUUUAAUUAAAUAUUUUUUUAGUGUAACAAACAGUGACUGAUAGUUAUAAAAUUAAUCGCUCUGUGGUUAGUGGAUAACAGCCGAUAGCCACUACUAGGGUUACAAAUAUUCAGAACCCCACAUUUUUAAGUAUGGGGACAUCUAAAAUUAAUUUAAAUUAGACAAACUUUUGUCUUUGUAAUAUUUUGUGACUUGAGUUUUGUAUUUUUCAACCAACAUAUAUGGAUGAUUAUGCACAUUGAUUGACAAGCAUUUACACUAUUUGAGUGAUGUUGACAUUUUUCUGACACAAAUUAUCAAAAUGACAACAGACUUAUCACACAUGUAAUAUUAAUUUCAAAAUGACACCACACCCUUAGAUAACUACUGUUGUAAGGGUUAUUUAAUUAACAUUAAAAUGUUGAUGCCUCUUUGUUUCUUGGUUUAAAAUGAGUUGACUGAAGUACCUAAUAAGUUAAACUCGAUUAUCUAGUGUAAGUUAUCCAGUUUAAGAAUAUGACAUAGAGUUUAUGUUUUUAUAUUUAUAUAUAUUACAGAUUUCUUUUCACUAAGAUUUGUUUCUUAUAUGACAAUGUUGUGGUUAUUUGACAUUCAACCUUUUGAAAAGAAGGACUAUAGCAAACUAAUUUUCUCUGUGCUUUCUCAAUGUUUAAACUAAUAUCACCUGCGAGUUUUCAUUUUGUUUACUAGAAAAGGUCAUGCUUAGAUUUAUUCAUGUAUCAACAUUAAUAAUUUUAACUAAACUUAUGGCUUUUCGCUUGUAUAUACUGACUGAUCUCCGUGCCAAGUGUCAUGGAGAAACAUGUGAUUUAUUUAUAUAUGUAAUAUAUUCAUAGAUUUUAUAUUUCUUGAGCCCAUCACUAACCCUGUGGGCAGAGAUACUGUGUAAAUAAGUCGUGUAAUAUUUUAAUUGUCAAAUUGUGAUUUUGUUAAGAAGUUAUUUAUUUAUUGAUAAUGGUAGUAACAUAAAAAGUCUUCUCGGUUGUUAUAAUUUGAUUGCAACUCUAUUGUUAAACAAUAUACAGCUGGUGCUAUUGUUUUGUUUAACAUUUUUAAUAUUGUUCAGUUGUUUUAUGUUGAAAUUAAUAUAUUUAUUCUGCAUAACAAGCUUUACCUGUUCACACAAUAAAAUACAGUAUUUCAUGAAUUUCUUCUAGAUUUACUUUCAAAUGCAGUAAUGUUUCAUUACAUUUUGAUGUACAGUACCUAUAUAUUUUGUACUUUCCAAUAUUACAAAAAGCCAUAUUUCGUGUUGUUAAUUUCUACUAACUGGUAAAAAUUAAAGUAUAAAUUCUCAAAAUUAUUACAUAAAUUGUAAAAAACUUAUAAUUUAUAUAUCAGGAUAAGGACAGCAUGGGUACUAUAACAUUAAAACUAAAUAAGUAGUACACAAUUAAUUAAACCUCUUUGGUCAACUUGAGUGUAGCACUAGUGCUCACACAUGAUGGUGCAAUGCUUUAUUAAAUUAUCAGAAGUGGGAGAAUCAUUAUUUUUUUGCAUAAAAUAUUAUGUAAAUUGUAUUAUUUAGUUCAAAUUUACUUUUUUCAUAUAUCAAAUCCUAUAUCUUUUGAAUUUACUUACUUACAGUCUUAGAUUUUUAUAAUUUCCCAUUAAUUUUCUUGUCUCUCAAAAAUAUUUAACAACAUGUACUCAUUCUGUUUGAAAACUGUUAACUGAUUUUGUGGCAUGCAAUAGCAAAUAAAUUAGUCUAAUAAAAAUAUACACCUUUCUACUGCAUGGAUAUUUUUAUAGAUUAAAAAUAUGCACUUUGGAAGUUCUUAUUAAUUAAUCAAACCUUUUGUUUUCGUUUUUUUUACUCUUCCAUGGUUUGUUUUUGUGAAACAAAUGUGUUUUUCCCUUUACUUUCUAUUUUGUUCAAUUGUUUAUACACAUAAAAACAUUGUUUAACUGGCUCAAAUUGUGUGUUGUUGAUUUAAGUAAGUGUCUCUACAAUAUAAGUCGAAGAUUUCAGGUUAAUUUACAUUAACAAUAAGAAGGUAUAAUAUGAGUUCUUCUGUUCCUUAUCAAAUUGUGACGAAAUUUGAAUAAAAAACUAUAACAUUUGAGGUGAUUCUUUGCAUUACUUAUUGAUAAUGAUGUUUAACUGAUCUCAUGAGAUGUUUAUUUUACUUUGUACCCUGCGAUAUAUAUAAUUGAUAUAAAUCAUGCGUUGUAUUGUGAAUGAUGCAAAAUUGUGUAUAGCUUUUGUAAUAAAAGUAUGUAGGAUUUUUA